AGGUUGAGAGUACUAUUUUUAAAAGAAAAUCUCGUUUAAUGCAAUAUCCCUUUUUAAGGGAGCUUUUCCAAAACAUAAAUACUUGCCGAAAGCGAUUUUUCCAGAGUGGUGGUCUCAAAAUUUGAAAUUUAUGCCGUUUUAAUAAAGCUCAAUCUCCAAAGCCCACUUUCUUGAAUGCAAUUUGCAACUCAGUGACAGCAAGAGAGAGAAGAUGGUGAGAAGGGGUGGUGGGUGUGGAAGGGGGAGGAGCUCAAAAUCCGGUGCGGCUGAGAAGAAGAAGCAGCAGCUGUGUUACUUGCCCUCCAUUUUAGCUGCUUUGAGAAAAUCCAUGUGCGCCGUCGAUGAAAAAGAGGCCGUCUCAGCCGCCCAUGACAUGGAAAUCGGGUGGCCCACCAACGUCAAGCACAUAACUCAUGUAACUUUCGAUAGAUUCAAUGGCUUUUUGGGGCUGCCUCUUGAGUUUGAGGUCGAGAUUCCAUGUAAAGCUCCUAGUGCAAGUAUUAGCGUGUGUGGUGUUUCGGCUGAAUCAAUGAAAUGGUCUUAUGACGCGAGACGCAACAGUGUCCCGACUAUUCUGCUGCUGAUGCAGGAGAAGUUAUAUGCACUAGGUGGUCUAAAGGCAGAAGGGAUAUUCCGGAUAAAUCCAGAUAACAGCAAAGAGGGGCAUGUGAGAGAGCACCUCAACAAGGGCAUUGUGCCCGAUGAAAUUGAUGUCCAUUGUUUGGCAAGCCUGAUCAAGGCAUGGUUCCGGGAGCUUCCAUCCGGUGUCCUUGAUGGCCUCUCACCUCAGCAGGUCUUGCAGUGUCAAGCAGAAGAUGAUUGUGUCGAACUAGUUGAUCAGCUUAGGCCGACUGAGAGCUGUCUCCUGAGAUGGGCCGUUGAUCUCAUGGCAGACGUCGCUGAGAAUGAGGAUUCUAACAAGAUGAGUGUAAGAAACAUUGCCAUGGUCUUUGCUCCUAACAUGACAAAGAUGCCUGACCCAUUGACAGCUCUGAUGCAUGCUGUGCAAGUAACCAACUUGCUGAGGACAUUGAUUGACAGAAGAGUACGAGAGCGUGCAGAGGCAGCUACAGGAGAUGCGCCCAUCCCUCCUCGUUCCUCUCAUGGGAGAAAACACAAGAAUCUUAAUGAUCAAAAUGAGUGGUACUCUGCAGAUCUAGCCUCUGAUGAUGAAUAUGAAUACGAGUCUGAUUCAUUGAGUGACAUUGAGUACUGCUUCUCGAGACAGCUAGGCGAGCAUGAUGGUGCUAAAGAUGGCUUCCGCAAACAGCUUGAAAGGAUUCUGUGCAGAGAUCAGUCAAGCCCCAUAUAUGGUUCAGCCUUGCAGGCUGAUUCAGGUGUCUCAUUUUCUGGGAGCCGAAUAGGGAGUUCUAGCACUAGCACGAGUGAUGAAGAAUGCUCAAGAUCGAGAUCAAAAGCUGAGAAGCCGAUGUUUCACCUGAAGUGAGGCGGUGCAUCUCAUCAACUUAGGGUGUGGGUUGUUUGUAACAUCAGUGAAGAAAGUCUCUUCCUAGUAAGAUUGUAUAGUUUCAGACAUUGGUUGUUUGUGUUGGAUUCUAACUUCUUAGAUAUUCAACUUUGAAACAAAGGAGAGCUAACUCGUUAGUUGCCAUUA